AUGAGGCCAUAUUUGACUGAAAGUCUUCACAGCAACGAAGAACUUCCUGACAAGGAAAUCAUGGUGCAGGCCGCCCGUUCUGUCGACCUGUUGCAUAGGGUCCAGCUACUCUUGGACUCACCGACUUCGGUGCUCGCGGAUCAUUUUUUAGGUUAUAUCAGAUCGCAGUGUUUACUGGGAGCAGUGCAGAGGCGGGUACCCGAUGCUCUGGAUGCAAGCCCUCUACCACUAGAGGAGCUGGCUCGAGCAACGCAUUCUCGGAGCGAUCGACUUAGUCAGAUAUUGCGUAUACUCUGCAGCGCUGGCAUUUUCAACUUCGAUGACUCGACCGGUCUUUACUCAAAUAGCCCGGCUUCUUCUCUUCUGCUCACAGCUCACUGGACCCAGUGGCACAAUUGGGUUACGCUUUACAAUGCCCAAUUAUAUGAUAUUGCUAGGGGGAUCCCUGCUUCACUUGGCAGAGAUUCAGAGAGAUGGGCUGCCCAGAUCAAUUACGAUACUGAUGAGGACAUGUUUUCCUGCUUCCGACGCCAGGGUUGGGUGCCGCAGUUGCGUCGGACACUCGGAGGGGGAGCAGCUGCACAGAUGCCAGGAAUACUCGAGGACUACCCAUGGGAAGAGGUUGCCAAUGGUCUUAUUAUUGACAUUGGGGGUGGCAGCGGCUCACUUAUAGCCGGCCUGGCGAGGAAGUAUCCCACUCUACAAGGGGGUAUCUACGAUCUGCCAUACAUCAUCGACCAUGCACGGCCCUUUUCCCGGGAUGAUGGCCCUUUCUCCGAUGUCAAAGAUCAGUUCGAUGAUAGUAAUCUGAUCGCCGGAGACUUCUUCAAGUCAAUCCCUCCCUGUGCAGUGUACACCAUGAAGUGGUGUCUCCACGACUGGAAGGAGCCUCAGGCAGUAGUUAUCCUGAAGAAGGUAUGGGAGAGCAUUGUUCUAGAGCCUAAAAGCAGACUAGUCGUCUUGGAGUUUAUACUGUCCAACGACCACUCAAGUCGGCUGAGUCAGUAUGGAGAUAUCAAUAUGAUGAUGACUGCCAAUGGCCAGGAGCGGACAGAAGAACAGUGGCGAGCAUUGGCUGAACUUGCAGGCUUCCGAAUAGAGAAGAUCUGGGAUUUUCGGAGGUCUUGGGUUAAAGCUCUGGAUUUCAGGCCGAUACUGGACAAAGAUUGUUAG